CCAGUCCAGAUGCAUGGGUCCAGAGUCAAGCGCUUCCUCAGCUUCAUGUCAGAAGUUUAUACAGAUCAGUAGUGUUUGCUCAAGAGUGACAGUGGAGAUCAGCAUUUAAGUCCACUCCUCUGGAUUGAGUCACAGACUUGAGGCUCUGGAUCCAGCGUACACUCUCGGUGUUUCAUUGCUCCUUAUGGUGUAGCUGGUGAUAGUUCCUGAGAAGAGAGAAGAUGAUGAGUGAUGCAAGUGAUAUGCUCGCUGCGGCUCUGGAGCAGAUGGAUGGCAUUAUAGCAGGUUCAAAGGCACUGGAAUAUUCCAACGGCAUCUUUGACUGCCAGUCCCCCACCUCCCCCUUCAUGGGGGGCCUGCGGGCGCUGCACCUGGUGGAGGACUUGCGGGGCUUGCUGGAGAUGAUGGAGGCGGACGAGAGAGAGGGACUGCGCUGCCAGGUCCCGGACUCGACAGCGGAGGCUCUGAUCGAAUGGCUCCAAAGUCAAAUGACUAAUGGACACAUAUCUGGGAAUGGAGAUGUGUAUCAAGAAAGGCUGGCUCGUCUGGAAAAUGAUAAGGAAUCUCUUGUUCUGCAAGUAAGUGUACUUACGGACCAGGUGGAGGCCCAGGGAGAAAAGAUUCGGGAUCUAGAGUUCUGUCUGGAGGAGCACAGGGAGAAGCUGAAUGCCACAGAAGAGAUGCUGCAGCAGGAGCUUUUAAGCAGAACAUCCCUUGAAACUCAGAAGCUGGAUCUUAUGGCAGAGGUUUCCACUCUGAAGUUAAAGCUUACAUCUGUAGAGAAGGAUAGGUUGGACUAUGAGGACAGAUUCAGAGAUACAGAGGAUUUGAUCCAGGAAAUAAAUGAAUUGCGGUUGAGAGUGGGAGAAAUGGACAAUGAAAGACUACAGUAUGAGAAAAAACUGAAAACAACCAAAUCAUUAAUGGCCAAACUUUCUAGUAUGAAAAUCAAAGUGGGUCAGAUGCAGUAUGAAAAGCAGCGGAUGGAGCAAAAAAGCCAGAUGCUAAAGGAUGAGCUAUCAGCUUUGAAAGAUAAACUGGAGCAGAAGGAAGUGGAGGUAAAAAGGUUGCAAGAAAAAUUGGUUUGCAAGCUGAAAGGAGAAGGAAUUGAAAUACUGGACAGAGAUGAAAAUUGUAAAAAGAAGCUCAAAGAUAAAAAUAUAGAGGUACAGAAAAUGAAGAAGGCGGUAGAAUCUCUAAUGGCAGCAAAUGAAGAGAAGGAUCGGAAGAUAGAAGAGCUUCGGCAAUCACUGAAUAGGUACAAGAAAGUUCAAGACAUGGUGAUAUUGGCUCAAGGCAAGGAAAGUGACGGUGAAGACUUCUUGAAUUCAGGGUCUGUUUCCACAGUUUUAUUGGACACACCAAGUCUGACUGACCCAGAGAAAAGCCCAUCCUCAACCCCAGUAACAGCAUCUCCAAUCCACGAUGAGUUUAAUGAGAAUAUUCACGAAGAGAAUUCCUUACAGAUCCACACCAGUAUUUUACAGAUUUCAAUUCCUUCUUUUUCAUCAACAUCCAAGAGCUCAGAAACUGUUGCAGAGAAAGUGAAAACACAGCCUAGGCCAGAUCCUGCAAGUGAAAUGAGUGAAGGACGAUCAAGAGGUUCCUCCCCAGAAACUCAACUGUGUGAUAGUCCAGCAACUUCUUUGCUGCAGAAGUCCAGCAGUCUGAGCAGUUUGAGAAAAGAGACAUCUGAAGUGGACAGAGAGGCUGCGCAGAAGCCGACAGAGGUUAAACCUCCCGUGGAAGGUAAUAAUUUCGCAACCCUUCCUCCAAAGUCUCCUUCUCACGGUGGCACAGGCGAUGAGGAUAGUUUUGGUACCCGUAAAGCCAGAUCUUCAUUUGGACGAGGCUUUUUCAAGAUAAAAAAUAACAAGAGGACUGCGAGUGCCCCCAAUCUGGAUCGCAGUCGAAGUGCAAGUGCACCUACUUUAGCUGAAACGGAGAAGGGAUCUGCAGAUCACUUGGAUCUGGCUGGCUUGCCCCCUCGCCCAAAAGAAACGGAUAGUCUACAGAUGACACCACCUUCUCCAGAUUCCAAGAAAAAGGCCAGGGGGAUCAAGAAGUUAUUUGGAAAGCUUAAAAGAAGUCAGUCGACCACCUUCAACCCAGAUGACAUGUCUGAGACAGAGUUCAAAAGAGGAGGGACAAGAGCAACUGCGGGCCCAAGACUGGGCUGGUCUCGGGACCUGGGGCAGUCUCACAGUGAGCUGGACACGCCAUUCGCAAAGUGGACGAAGGAGCAGGUUUGCAACUGGCUUCAGGACCAAGGGCUAGGCUCUUACAUAAGUAAUGGCAAACACUGGAUACUGUCUGGGCAAACGCUUCUGCAGGCUUCUCAGCAGGACCUGGAAAAGGAGCUUGGGAUAAAGCACCCAUUGCAUCGGAAGAAGCUUCAGCUCGCUCUGCAGGCGCUCGGAUCUGAAGAGGAAAACAAUCAUGGGAAGCUGGAUUACCACUGGGUUACCAGGUGGCUGGAUGACAUCGGCCUCCCCCAGUAUAAGACCCAGUUUGAUGAAGGAAAGGUGGAUGGCCGAAUGCUCCAUUACAUGAGCGUGGAUGACUUGCUGUCCUUGAAAGUUGUCAGUGUCCUCCACCACCUCAGCAUCAAAAGAGCCAUUCAGGUGUUGAGAAUAAAUAACUUUGAGCCCAACUGUCUGCGCAGGAGGCCGUCUGAUGAGAAUAACGUCACACCUUCUGAGGUCACCCAGUGGACCAACCAUCGCGUGAUGGAGUGGUUGCGCUCUGUUGACCUGGCAGAGUACGCGCCUAACCUGCGUGGGAGCGGUGUGCAUGGGGGACUGAUGGUUCUGGAGCCUCGUUUCAAUGUAGAAACCAUGGCACAGUUACUGAACAUUCCACCAAACAAGACACUACUGAGACGACACUUGGCGACUCAUUUCAACCUCCUCAUUGGGCAGGAGGCCCAGCAGCAGAAACGUGAAGCCAUGGAGUCCCCAGACUAUGUCCUUUUAACAGCAACUGCCAAAGUAAAGCCAAAGAAACUUGCAUUCAGCAAUUUUGGAAGCCUGAGGAAGAAGAAGCAAGAUGAUGUGGAAGAGUAUGUGUGUCCAAUGGAGCUGGGACGGGCAUCUGGAAGUGGGUCAAAGAAGGGUUUUAAGCCUGGCCUGGAUAUCCGAGUGUAUGAUGAUGAUGAUUUGGACAGGCUGGAGCAGAUGGAAGAUUCAGAAGGGACAGUGAGACAAAUAGGAGCGUUUUCUGAAGGCAUCAACAACUUGACACACAUGUUGAAAGAGGAUGAAAUGUUUAAAGACUUUGCGACUCGCUCUCCCAGCACCAGUAUAACAGAUGAGGACUCCAACGUGUGACAGUAACUACCAGGCACUGACAAAGGCUCACUUUCCUGUGUGCAAGAAACGCCAUCAUUCAUGUGACCGGCAGCAGAUCUCGUACAUGACAUUGCUCUUGCUUCUGUUUCUUAGAAGUAACUCUGGGGGGUGGAGAAUUUGAAAAGAAAAGGAGGGGGGGAAAAAAAAAAGGUGCCUACUCUAAAAGUUGCCAUAAGAAACACACAGACACUGGUGAAUGGUAAUUGUUUUUACUAUAUUUAAUGUACAAACUGGUGAUAUGUUUCAGAGUGUUGCAUUUAAAUUUACGUGGUAUGAUAGUGCUCCUUUUGCUUAUUCAUGGCCUCAGAUAAUCCCUUAUACUGUUUCAAGAUAACAGAUGAUGUUAGGUAGAAGUACUGUGUCUGUGGAUAUCGUGCAUCAGCUUUCUCUAGGCUCUCAGCUGAAAAAAGAUGUUACUGCUCUUUUUCAAGUGCAUUUGUUUGGUACAAAUACCAGUUCUGCCCUUCCUGUGACAUCCAGUGCAGGAUUUUAGUAAUCCAAGCCUUGCACAAACUUCCCAGUAACUUUUUGACUGUUGGUCUUAUUUUUAUACUGUUUUAUAAAAAAAAAAAAAAAAAAAAAAAAAGAAAGAAAAAAGAAG